UAAGAGCCCGUUGCUUAUUCUGGUCUCAAAUACACAGGGAUGUCGAGGAGGAGUCGGGGUUUUUGCACACUUGGUAAAUCAACCAACACAUCUCUGGUGUAGCUGUUAUCAUGGCAACCAGUGCGGUCCCUAGCGACAACCUCCCAACAUACAAAUUGGUGGUUGUGGGAGAUGGAGGCGUGGGAAAGAGUGCUCUUACAAUCCAGUUUUUCCAAAAGAUUUUUGUGCCAGAUUAUGAUCCUACUAUUGAAGACUCCUACUUGAAACACACAGAGAUCGAUGGCCAGUGGGCUAUUUUGGAUGUUUUAGACACAGCAGGUCAAGAGGAAUUCAGCGCCAUGCGAGAGCAGUACAUGAGGACUGGUGACGGUUUCCUCAUUGUGUUCUCUGUGACGGACAAGGCCAGUUUUGAACACGUCGAUCGUUUUCACCAGCUCAUCCUACGAGUGAAAGACCGGGAAUCUUUCCCCAUGGUUUUGGUGGCUAACAAAGUGGACCUAGUGCAUCUGAGGAAAGUGACAAAUGAACAGGGCUGUGAGAUGGCCGCCAAACACAAUAUUACUUACAUUGAAACAAGUGCCAAGGAUCCUCCGAUGAAUGUGGACAGAGCCUUUCAUGAACUAGUCAGAGUUAUCAGACAGCAAGUUCCAGAACGGAGUCUGAAAAAGAAGAAAAAGACAAAGUGGCGUGGAGACAGAGCCAUGAGUUCUCACAAGCUUCACUGUGUGAUAUUGUGACUACCUCUUUUGUCGAAAUCAUCAGCGUUCGGCAACAUAAACUGCCGGAGAGGACUGCCUAGAGAUCUGCACUAAUCAGAGGACCACAGACUUUAUCAAAAGAGCUAUCUCUUCCUGUCUCAGGGAAGCAUAUUAGGUGAAUCAAGGGAUCGAUCACUGGUGCCAGACCAAGGAGGAGCAAUCAGUACAACACGUCCGAAUUGAAGCACUGCCUGAAACAACAAAAAUCAUAGCAAAUCAGAACAUGAUGGAUGUUUAAUAUACUAUGUGAGGCUACAUUUUAGACCAGUGAGAUUGUAAUGUGGGUGGAGCUACCCAGAAAGAUGCAUCCAAACCUAAACCAUACACCACAGUCAUUUACACACCUACUGUGUACAUCAAAAUUGUGUGCAGCUUCCAAAAGUUCAUGUAAUUAUGUGGCUGAUUGUUUUGCAGAGCUGUCUGAAUAUGUUUUCAGUAGUUACCACAAUUAUGAAGGGAUAUUGUUGUUUAACCUUCCAGAAAAAUCUGCCUUACAAAUGCAUAUUUAUUGGCAUGUUUGAAGGAAUCUGUAGCUAUAGUAGAACUUGUUUAAAGAGACUUAAGUGUCAUAGAGUGUUUGAUACAUCAAUCAAAAUGGCCUUUACUGUUAACCACAAAUAGUACUGAUAUGACUGAAGGACCAAUUGCACUAGCAAGACUUUUUGCACUUUCAAUAUUUACUCAUGGGCUUUUGCUGUUUAACAUGCUGUUUAAAAUUGCCUUGUGAUGUUAAAGGCUCAUGUUUUGAAUUUUGUUGCACACUUACAGAUGUUCUGUCUAUCAAUGAAAUAGGUCCUGAGAAAUCACGUGUACAGUGAUAGCUCUGUGAUUAGUAAAAAAAA